ACACACACAUACACACACACACACUCUCUCUCUCUCUUUCUGUCUGUCUUUCUUUCUAUCUCUCAGUCAGUAAUAAUGGAGCCCAGCAGUCCAAAGAAGAUCCAGUUUGCGGUGCCUCCGCUGCAGGGACAGCUGGACCCGCAGGCCGCCGAACAUAUCCGUCGCAGAAGACCGACUCCUGCCACUCUGCAGAUCUACAGACAACCUGGCACAGAUGUUGGAGAUCAACACAAUGCCAGUGGAGAGUCACAGGCUUCAGACGGCUCUCAGAGGAAGCAGAGCACCUAUGCCCCGCCCACCAUGAAAGGUAAGCUGGAAAGUUCUGUACCUGAAGAAGACGAGGAGGAAAACAGCCCACAGGACGGCUGAUGCAGGAGAGGAAUCCCAGCACGAA